AUGCUCUCUGCCUUCAUGUUAUUCCUCUCUAGCGUUGUUGUGGCUCUCCUCGCGGGUCCGGACCCAGCCAUUGCGGCGAUCACCUCUAGCCUGCAGAGCAUCUUAAGGAACACCCACGGCAGCUCAGACUAUGGGUAUCCCACGGACAUAACAAGAGAUAUCUUACCUGUUGGCCAUGAUGAAUCCGCCCUCACGGGGUCGCGAACUCUUGAAUCCUUGUAUAUCAAUCCAAUUCUAGAUAUUCUGGAGCGUCAGAACCCUGAGAGUCCAUUUAUAACAUCCCCUACUAAAAAUGGUGUGUGGGAUACUGUACCCGACCAAACACUUUACUUUUUCAUUGAUGUGAAGACAUCCGGCUCCGAGACUUUCGAGGCUGUGAUUGCUGCCUUACAACCUCUACGAGAGAAAGGUUACCUUACUACCGUGAAGGAUGGUAAGACUGUUACCAACGGGCCCGUCACUGUCAUUGGUACGGGAGAGACACCGUUCGAUAUGGUUGCGCCAAUCAAAGACCGGGACUACUUUUUCGAUGCACCUCUCGCGAAUCUCAACGAUCCCCAAUAUGCCGGCGUUACUGGUGUUAUCUCGCCUGUUGCUUCAACAGAUUUUCAGAAAGCCGUCGGCAAGAUAACUGUCGAUACGGACCCAAUUCUCUCAGACGACCAACUCAAAGCUCUCCGGGACCAAAUCGCCACCGCAAAUGAGCGCGGGAUUGGUGCUAGAUAUUGGAACACGCCGUACUUCCCAAUUCGUACGCGAAACCUUGUCUGGAGGACUCUACUGAGGGAAGGAGUCAUUCUCCUCAAUGCCGAUGAUCUACCUGCUGCUGCUGCUUACUUUUGA